AUGAAAAACACACAAGAUAGAGACAGUUUCGAAGGAGGUCCCCAAGAAAUUGAGGUUCCGCAACUGAAGUUUAUUUCUUGCCUUAUGAUGAAAAGGUUUUUGAGCCUCCCAGUGAGACAUUUGAACUCUAGUGGUGCGAUCAAAACUGUCCCAGCAUCUCAAAUCGCGAAAACAUCAGUGAUAUCGACAACUUUGUAUUUGGAGCCAUCUAAAUGGAGAGGUUUGCCAGCAGAAAAGAUUUUCCAGCUAUUUAGGGAAAGAACUGUGAAACUAGGAGCACAAUACAAGCCGUGUCAGGAAGAGCUGGAUGCCUUGCUUUCAACAUCCGAAGAAACAGGUGUGCUGAAACGUGAUAUUAAAAAAAUAUACUACGGUGGUGAAAAAGCGGCUGCCGACAUUGUUGGCAGUAGUUUAGCAGAUGAAUACAACCCUUUGACUUUUAAGUUUGAUGAGUUGCCAUCGCAGGCUCAAGAUUUGGUUGCACAACAUCGGGAACAGAGAUUUUACAAUAGAUUGGCAGCAUACGAGCUACCUUUACUUGCGCAAUAUCGCCAACCAUAUAAGAGAGCCGAUCCAGAGUCGCAUCCCUUAGAGUACCGUUUCACAACGUAUCUAGGUGAGGAACACCCCAAUGCUCGUAAGGUGUCUCUGCAGGUGAAAACUACUGAGCUAGCCUUGAACAAUAAGGAACGUCAUAAGUUUCAGGUUCUUGCAAGGACACGUUACGAUUCUGAGACCGAUAUUUUCAAGAUGUCAAGUGACAAGUUUCCAGAGGCAGCACAAAACACAAGAUACUUAAAUGACGUUUUCCAGAAACUGUUGAAAGAGGCAAAAGAUAUGACAGAUGAUUUCAGUGAUAUUUCACUGGACAAGAGACACACAAUAGCAAAGAAUUUGCGGAAGAAAAAGCAUCAUUAUGAGUUUCCAGAAGAAUGGAAACGCCCAGAGGAUGCGCCACGUGAAAAGAUCAAUGUCAUUGAAGAAUUAUCCAAAACUUAUCAGGUCUAA